AUCCAGACCCAACCCCCAGGUCCCUCUUCAGCCGCAUCCUGCCAUGCUUCGCAGGACAAAACCCCUUCCGAGGAAGACCUUCCCUCAACCAAGACGACUCGGGACAGCCCGAGAUGCAGGAUACUCGCACCCUCAUUUCGCCGCCAAUCGUCACUUAUCAUCCUGGCGGAACCUGGCCACUCUACCACGACCACGAUCACGCCGCCACAGCUGGAGCCGGGGUCGAAGCAGUCGAGGGGCCUUGGCCGAGACUCUCCGCCUGGCUCCGGCAAGUGCAAAUGCGCCAUCGCAACUCACAUCUCUCGGCAACCGCCAACACAAACAGUUACAGGCUUCCGAGUGCUAGUACACAUGCAAGCAGCAGCCACACCUCCGAGAUCUCGUCUUCUCUUAGCUGGAUGGCCCCAGCCGUCAGGAAGAACCACACCGGCAGCGGGAUCUCCCAACCCAUAGUAGCUACGCCGCUCGGCUAUCCUGGACUCGGGGCUGUGCAGACACGACAGCAACAGGGGGAGCAGCAGCAGGGACAGGGAAUAGGGGUAGCGGUGAGCACGAAGGAACAUGGUGUCACCAGUCCCAAUGAGGGUUUUGAUGGCAGUAGCCUUGUCUCGCUACCUACUCCUCCUCCCGCUGUAAGAAUAUCCGGUUUCGGAGCUUGGUCGCCGGACGGCGGUUUUCAGGCGUCUGUGGCAUCCACCAGCAGGGGAAGUUUUGGGUGAUGCAAAGGUCAUGUACUGUACUUUUAGCCCAGGAUUCCAAGGUUGGGUUAUCUUUUGAGAUAUCAAAAAAUCCAAGGAGAACACUGCGCCCGGUGCCUUAGCCUGGUACACCUGGGCUUGAGCAUCGUGGCUGUCGUCGAUCGUGUUGUCGAACGUGUCGUC